CGCCCUCGCCCUCCCGCAUCGAACCGCACCCCCGCACCGCACGUCCCCACGCGGCGGGGAGGGAGGGAGCUGCGAUUACCGUGCGCUUCCAGGGGGCGGAACGCAAAAGAGGAGGAGUCGAGGAGACCACCGCCCCGGCGCGGCGGAGCGGAGCUGAGCGCCAGAGUACGGUACGAUCGGCCUGUGCGUGCGCGCCAUUGGAGCGGGGAGAAGCGCUUGCCUGACGUCCCCCGCCGGAGAAGCUCCCGCGUCCCCCGCGCGCGUGGGCGCAAGUGGGUUUCUUCCGCGGGCCGAGGAGGAGGAGGAGGAGGAGGAGGAUGGAGGCCGGCGGGUACUACAACUGCAAAAAGACCGACGGCAUCUGCGAGGACGUCUGCGACAGCGAGCAUGGUUCAAAGGCAGUUUUCAGUAUGUCAAGGCUGAAGUGUGCACUUCGGGGAUUUGAUUUAAGAGCACUUCUGAUCCUUUUGAUUGGUCUGCCAAUUUUGAUAUUUGUUAUAUACGUUCAUGGCCAGAAAGUCACCUACUUUCUCAGACCAAUCUGGGAAAAGCCCCCAAAACCCUUCAACAUACUUCCUCACUACUACAACGAAAAUGUCUCAAUGGCCAACUUAUGCAAGUUGCAUGGAUGGAAAGUGAGGGAAACGCCGCGGCGUGUUUUUGAUGCUGUGCUUUUCAGCAACGAGCUUGAUAUUCUUGAUAUCCGCUGGCAUGAACUUAGCCCAUAUGUGUCAGAAUUUGUGUUGCUUGAGUCGAACUCAACCUUCACUGGGCUGAAAAAGGAUCUCCACUUCAAGGAAAGCCGUCAACGUUUUGAGUUUGCUGAAUCAAGGUUGACCUAUGGUAUGAUAGGUGGACGGUUUGUGAAGGGGGAGAACCCAUUUGUCGAGGAGUCAUAUCAGAGGGUUGCUCUUGACCAGCUUAUUAAAAUAGCUGGAAUUACAGAUGAUGACCUGUUGAUCAUGUCUGAUGUUGAUGAGAUUCCAAGUGGGCACACGAUCAACCUCUUGAGAUGGUGCGACGACAUACCUGAAGUACUUCAUCUCCAGCUUAGGAACUAUCUUUACUCAUUUGAAUUUUUCCUUGAUGACAAAAGUUGGAGGGCUUCAAUUCAUAGAUACCGGGCUGGAAAGACGAGGUAUGCACAUUUCCGGCAAACAGAUGACCUUCUGGCUGAUUCAGGAUGGCACUGCAGCUUUUGCUUUCGCUACAUUAGUGACUUUGUCUUCAAAAUGCAAGCUUAUAGCCAUGUUGAUCGGAUUAGAUUUAAGUAUUUCCUGAACCCCAAAAGAAUACAGCAUGUGAUAUGCCAUGGAGCUGAUCUUUUCGACAUGCUUCCUGAAGAAUACACAUUCCAAGAAAUCAUUGCCAAGCUGGGUCCAAUCCCUAGCACAUAUUCUGCCGUCCAUCUUCCUGCUUAUCUGCUAGAGAAAGUAGAUCAGUACAGAUAUCUUCUCCCUGGCCAAUGUAUGAGAGAAAGUGGCUAGGCACUAUGGCUUGCAUUAUGACCUGAUGCGCAUGGACAUCAUGGAUGAUGCCCCUUUGGAGAACACCAUGGGAGAUAGUGGUUGUACCUGAUACGAAUGGCUGACUUAGUUGAGCGAUCACUUGGCAGUGUGGGUUGACUUCGUGAUUUUGUACUGGUGUAAUCAAACAUUGGAAGAAGGCCUAACAGCAUAGCGCAUGCUUGGGCGCUGCGUUCUUGUUUUUUUAGAGGAGCUCAGCAGUGUGUGUGCUUUACCUCCUGAGUUUACCCAUUUACUUCCAUGGUUGAAUAUAUGAACUCAGAAACUGAAACUCCUGUAGAUUGUGAACUGGGUGACACCCAGAAUUUUUCUUGAUCUUGUUCUGUACAGUAUCAUUUACUUACCAGAUGAGUUAUCCAUGCAUUCAUUCUCCGGGCUAUAA